GUCAAUCUGAAUUCUGAAAAGGAAACGUCGGAAUGGCUUCAACAGGGGCUGAGUACACGAUUGGGGGAGUGAAAAUUCUCUUCCCUUGCAAGGCUUAUCCUUCACAGUUGGCUAUGAUGAAUGCGAUCGUCAAGGGGCUGAACUCCAAGCAGCACUGUCUAUUGGAGAGCCCAACAGGAAGUGGGAAAAGCCUGGCGUUGCUUUGCUCAGCGUUGUCGUGGCAGCAGUCUCUGUAUGAAAAACCACCCAGUGAAUGGUCAUGCUUAAAGGAAUGCAACAAGGCUGGGACCCUGAUGCUCUGUCGCUGUCAUUGCCAUGCGGAACCCACAACUCAAGACCAGAGCGGUGCAGGGUCGAACCAAAGCACUUGCUCUUACUUCACUGACGAUGGAACCAAGACGCCCCUGAAUAAUGGAGCCACACAGAGAAAUGGAGAGGCCUCCAAAAUCACACUUUCUUCAAAACUGUCUGCAAAGAAGCAAGCAACGUUACAUGACACUGAAGACGAUUUUAAAGUGGAUAGGAAACGAGUUCGCUCAGUAGAGAUGGAGGAGCAGGCUAAGAAACGAAAUCGACUAGCCCAAGGAGUGCAGUUAGUUGAUGCUUUGGAAGUGUAUCAGCAGCAGAGAAAUGGGGAAUUGACUGUAUCCUCAAAAAAUCCAGCCCCUUCCUCUCUCAAAAUGUUGGCAGCCAGAUGGGCUAGGACCACCGCAAUAGGAGGCAUAGUCCCAAACGACGACGGCGCUUCAGAUGUGGUCUCCGUGAGACGGCUGGGCUUGGUUUAUGAAGUUGUUGGGGCAACUGCGGUGGUUUUCGACGUGAUCGCCCCGCACGAGCCGCAUCAGACGGCUGCUACUUUAGUAUCCCAGAUCGAUCCACUUCAGCUUAACACGUCUCAUUCCACACGGCACGUUUAUGACGCGCUGCAGCUGCUAUACAUGAAUUUGUUUUCCGUUUGGGGAAACGAGUUCAUUUAUAACGACCGCAACUCGUUACGAAUGUGCUGUGCGGAACGAGCCCGAGUGUCCGCGCCCGUGAUCAGAACGGUGAGCGUGAGCAAGGAGUCCCAGGAAAGGCCCAACGAGGAGAUCUUAGCCUCAAUUAGUAGCCACCAGUCAGAGGUCUGGAGUUCAGGCAUCACAGGAACCGACCCGACUGGCGGAGUGCAGUUCAAGGCGCUGGUUGCAGCGUUGGUCGAGGAGGACCUGUUGGUCGGAGGAGGUUGUGGGCGCCCUGCAGGACAGAUGGAGAUCAACUUGCGAGGCCAAGUGGUCAUUUUAGACGAAGCUCACAAUAUUGAGGAUUGUGCUCGGGAAUCGGCCAGCUACAGCGUGACAGAAACUCAGCUUAAAUCGGCCCGAGAAGAGCUGGACGCCAUGGUGAAUGGCCACAUUCGGAAGGGGGACCAUGAGCCUUUGCGUGCUGUGUGCUGCAGCCUGACAAAUUGGUUAAGGGAAUCCUCUGGUCAGCUUGUAGAGAGAGGUUAUGAAAAUUCUAGUAAAGUUUGGAGUGGACAACAAAUGGUGACAUUCUUGGACAAUAUGGGGAUAAACAAUGCUUCAUUCCCCAUUUUACAGAAACAUCUUGCAGUUGUCCUUGAAAAGGAAGAAAAAACAACCUGGUUUAAUGGAAAAGAAAAGGCGUUUUCAGUUCCAGUUAUAAGUCCUUCGGCUCAGAUUACGCUGAAAGGGCUGUUCAUGGUCCUGUUUUAUCUUUUUAAAGAAAAUCAUAGAUAUGCAGAUGAUUACAGAGUCGCCUUGCAGCAGACCUAUGUUUGGAGAAACGAAAAUACGGCUGAUCCGAAAGAUGCCGUCGACAUUUUCGCACGAGCCAAACGAAAAGCGCGGCACAAAACGGCAGAACGGACGCUCAGCUUUUGGUGCUUGAAUCCUGCUGUGGCAUUCUCGGAUGUGAGAGACAAUGUCAGAUCAAUCGUUUUAACCUCUGGAACUCUUUCUCCAAUGGACUCGUUUUCUUCCGAACUUGGUGUGAAAUUUUCCAUUCAACUUGAAGCAAACCACGUUAUUCGGGAUUCUCAGGUGUGGGUCGGUACCAUUGGAGCAGGCCCCAAAGGCAGGCCCCUGUGUGCUACUUUCCAGCAUGCGGAAACCUUUGAUUUCCAGGACGAGGCGGGGUCUCUGCUGCUGUCCGUCUGCCAGACGAUCGGGCAAGGGGUGCUGUGCUUUUUGCCAUCUUACAAGUGCACAUGCCCACAAACAGUGUGGAGCAGUGACGAAGGGAGGAGGAACUGCGCUUGGGGCACGAACUGCCCCCGGCGCCCUCCCCCCGUCCUCAAAACGCCCCCCCGACACGCCCCCGACACGUGA